AUGGUGCGACACAAGAAGGACGGCGCCUCGUCCAAGUCAAAAAAGUACUCUACCAGGUCGCGACAUACCCCUCGCUCGGCACAAGGUGGCGAGGGCGAUGGCGACGCUAUCCCUGAACGCCCACCUUUCAAGGCAGCGUGCUGGGACUUUGGACAUUGCGACGCAAAGCGCUGCAGUGGAAAGAGGCUGAUGCACUUUGGCAUGAUGCGCGAGCUAGCCGUGGGUCAAAAGUUUCCUGGUGUAGUCAUCUCCCCCAAUGCAAAGCAGAUCCUGUCACCGGCAGAUCGAGAUUUACUCGAACAGCACGGCGCCGCAGUAGUCGAGUGCUCAUGGGUUAGGAUACAGGAAAUCCCGUUUUCGCGGAUCGGAGGGAAAUGCGAACGGCUUCUGCCCUAUCUUGUCGCUGCCAACCCCGUCAAUUAUGGAAGGCCGUGGAGACUGAACUGCGUCGAAGCCCUCGCCGCGUGCUUUUGCAUUUGCGGGCAUGAGGACUGGGCUGAGAUCAUCUUACAGCACUUCCCCUAUGGUAAACCGUUUCUCGAGAUCAACUCCCAGCUCUUCAAGCGGUACGCCGCGUGUCAGAAUGAAGAGGAGAUCAAGAAGGCCGAAGAAAAGUGGCUCGCCAAGCUGGAAAAAGAGUACGCUGACAGUCGCCUCAACAAAGAUGCUGCUGGUGGGGAAGAUGUCUGGGCUGGUGGGAACAUGAAUAGGAGAGAAGUAUACGACUCCGACGACGAAGAUGCUGAAGAAGAUGAAGACUCCGAUCCAGACGCAGAUAAUGAGCAUGUCGGCCUACAGCAAGGUGUAUCACUGGAUCUGCCCCCUGACGAGGAAGACGAGGAUGAAGAGGCCGAGAUGGCUGAAAUCCGCCGCAAGAUCCUUGCCUCUAAACCGUUUACCGAGAGCUUCCCCUCAGAACCACCCAAAAAGAAGAUCCAGCAGUCGAAUACCGAGGAAAUCAGUGAUAACGGUGCCACGGCUCAUCCGUCGACAGAACAGUCCCAGCAGUUGGUCGAUUCUGACGCAGAAUCAGGUUCUGCCGAGGAAGACUACGACGACUUUGACCAGAUUGCAAGUGCGACGCCAGUGACGGAUCGGACGGGAAUAGUGGCGCGCGAAAGACAGAAAAAGCUCGAACAAGCAAGUGCCUCGUUUUCUCGGACAUCGCUUUCUGCCCCGAAAAGGUGGUAG